UAACAUAAUUUAAAUUUUUUAAUAUAUUUCAAUUUUUAAAAAUUUAUUGCCUUUUAAAAAAAUGUAUAAAAUAAUUUUAAGGGUGAUUUUUCUUCUUUUUUACAUUGGCUACACUGUGGUGAAUGUUUUCGGGUUCUGGGAAACUGAUUUCGUAAAGGAUUCGAAGAGUAUGCCAUCUAUUGAAAUUAAACUCGCUCCUCCUGAAAAUCCACUGCCUCAAGUUGAGGAGGAAAUAAAGUUACUGGAGUCAAAUCGCAUUGAACUUGAAGAGGGUAUGAUGUCAAGACUUGAGCAGGAGUAUAAUAAUGCCCUUAUGAACUCUAAAGAGAAGAUAAAAACAGUCAUAAACGAUAGCCUGUCUGUUUUUGAUAAUAAGGAAUUAAUUGCGGAGUUAUUAUCCAAAUACGCUCAUCAAGAUCAUAAAUCCAAAAAUGUUGGAGGAGUGUCAUUUCUACAAACUGAUGAAGCUUAUGUUCCAAGCUCAGUUAGGGUCAUGAUGUCCGAAGUUGAGCCUCCAGAUCCUUCAAUAAAGGAGAAAAUGGACCAAAUUGAGCAAGCGAGAAAUGAUGAGGAAAUCCAAGAGUUUUAUCAAGAGUCUAGGGAAUUUGAACAACUAACUCAAGUUACGCUAAUUGAACUUCAGAAGGUGCUACAACUACAACUUAACCCUUACCUAAUCGAGACGGAAAAACUGAAAACCGCGUUUCAACACUUUGAUCAGGGGAAUGUGUACAAUGUGAAUCAUGGAAAUUACGCCAAUCCUGUAUCAUUUCUUCAAACCCAAGCCUCAGACUUAUCUGAAAUACGUCAAUUAAAUGUAAAAAUCGGACAGUCUGACACACCAUAUCCAACUGUUGAGGAUUAUGUAAUGAAUAUGGAGAAGAAACGAGACGUUUCUGAGAAAUUAGCGAGGAAUAAAAUCUUAAAUAUGUACUUGAACUUGAUGAAGGCUCAACAUGAGAUGAUCGCAGAUGAGUUACACCAAGCUGUCAGCAGGGUAAUAUCCCAAUACAGCGGAAUAGUAGAAGAAGCAAAUAAAGGAACAUUUAACAAAUCAUCACCAAAACAAGAAAUGAAUAAUAAAAACAAUGAAACUCAAAAAUCUACGACAUAAUA